GAGCCAGUUAGUCCUUGUGAGGAUAUUACGGAUUAGAGUCCUGCGCUGCUCCUGGCGGGGCCCCAUUGCACUCUGUCUUUAAAAGCAUAGAGAGUACUACAAAGUUUCACAAUGCCUAGGAGAGGAGGGCCAACGUUAGGCCGUGCACUCUCCUCAUCGCUGUGGUGGGCGUCACUACUUUUGCUAGACAUGGGGUGUAUAGCGGCACCAGACUGGGAUAUUUGGAGGGUAAUUACACAACCCACUGCCCCAGAUGCCUCUCACUGUGAGCCCAUCACUAUCCCCCUGUGUAAAACUGACCAAAUCCCCUACAACACCACCACCACCAUGCCACACAGCCUCAGGCGCCACGACACACAAGAGGAGGCCGGUAUGGAAGUUCACCAGUUCUUUCCGUUGGUGGAAAUCCAAUGCUCACCGGAUUUGAAUUUGUUCUUAUGUAGUGUGUACGUUCCCCCAUGCCCAGUCACCCCAGGAAACAUAGUGCCUCCUUGUAGAAGCCUUUGUCUGUCAGCUAAGGCGGGUUGUGACACGCUUAUGUCUAUAUAUGGUUUCCAGUGGCCGCAGUUCCUGAGCUGUGACAAGUUCCCAGAUGGUUCAGAAGAUAUGUGUAUUGGAAAUGGUUCCUCCACUGCUGAGCCUCAAGACUCACUCUUAACAAGUAAUGAUACUGAUGUGACGGGCAGUAGCACACAAAGUCAGCAAAACCACACUGUCAUUCACAACGAGAAUAAACAACGUGAAAGAGAAAGCGUCAACCAGACUCAGCAAGAUCAGUGCGAGAACAUCAGACUGCCGCUGUGUAGUGACCUGCCUUACACGAGCACCCGCCUGCCUAACCUCCUCCACCACCGCACUCAAGAGGAGGCCACCUCAAUGAUGCACCUGCUGAGGGUGGCGAUCAUGACCCAGUGUUCUCCAGAUCUUCGACUUCUCGUGUGUGCCAUCAUCGUGCCACCAUGUACCCACCAGCAGGAGGAGAGGCUACCGUGCCGCGAGCUGUGUUUCUCCGUUAACUCCGGUUGUGCGGAACUCAUGCAAAUGUUUGGCAUUCAGUGGCCCUCCACACUAGACUGUAACAUGCUACCUUCAGGCCACCACGAGAGAUGCAUUGGGGCAAAUAUCACCGAUUUUUCAGUGGUCACAGAAGCUACAGCUAACCCCGAACAGUUCGUGAUUUACGAAGGAGAAAGUAUUUCCACCACAGAGUUGCAGCCUGUGCCAAACAAAUGUGAAAGGAUAACCAUACCUACCUGUCAGGACCUUCAAUACAACGACACUAUCAUGCCGAACGCCUUCAACCACAGCUCCCAGGAAGAAGCACAACUGGAAUUGGACCAGUUCUUGCCGCUAAUAGAGAGCAAGUGUUCAACUAAUCUGCAGCUCUUCUUGUGUAGGUUGUUUGUACCAGUGUGCACCCCCAUGGAGACAUCGCUACUACCUUGUAGAAAUCUGUGUCUCUCUGUCGAGGCCGAGUGUGGCUCUGCAUUUUAUGCACACGGUUCUGCCCAGCCCGUUAAAUGUGAGGACCUUGACGAUGAGUUGUGCCUGGGGUCUUUCGAGUCCUUGGCUGGUGAACUAGUGCCCUCAACUCCUAUGAGUGUCUCUCCAAGGUCGACUACACCUCUUGUGAUACACCAACACGUUCCAGAAGGGGGACGCUGUGAAUACACCACCUCCAAUUUCUGUGUGGAUCUAUAUAACACCACCAUCGUACCAAACUUACUUGAACACAUAUCCCAGGAGGAUGCCGCAUUGGAAAUGCAUUCGUUCAUGCCCCUAACGCAAAUAAAGUGUUCCUCUGACAUACUUGCAUUCCUCUGCAGUGUCUACAUUCCCCCGUGUACAUCUUUGGAGCAGCCAGUGCCCCCAUGUCGCAGCUUCUGCUAUUCUGCCAUGGAUGGUUGCAUUGAUGCCUUGAACAGUUUUGGCUUUCAGUGGCCCGAAUUUCUGAACUGUGACAGAUUCCCAAUUGAUGAUGGGAAUGAAGUAUGCAUCGAUGCCAGCUUGUUGCAGCAAUCUUUAAACAGUGACCUGGAUGCUGUAGAUGACUCGACACCAUUAACUACAGAACAAAACACAACUCCACCUCCUACUGUCAACACAGGACUCCAAAUUUCCUCCAAAAGAUGUGAAGACAUCACAGCAUUCCAUUGUCUUGACAUACCCUACAACUCCACCUUGAUGCCCAACCUACUCAACCACAUGACUCAGGAUGUGGCCAACAUGCAACUAUCACGAUUUUACCCACUAGUAAAGGCUCAGUGCUCUCCAAACCUGCAGCUGUUCUUGUGUAUGGUGUACAUCCCUGUUUGCACCAUCAUCGAGAAGCCUAUACCUCCCUGUCGUGAUCUCUGUCUAUCUGCCAGGAUGGGCUGUGAAGGCCUCAUGAUCAAGUUUGGGUUUCAGUGGCCAGCGGAUCUCGCCUGCGACCAUUUUCCGGAGGAUCCCAGUGUCGAGUUGUGUGUUUCCUACUAGUGAGGAAACUGACCAUGAAGGAUAAUAGUGAGCAUGCAUCUAAAUGGCUCAUUUAAAAAUUAAUUCCUAAAGCUUGGUAAGGUGCCAUUGUAGCAUGCAGUUUACAAAGAAAUCUUUAGUCUAACCUAACGAUAAAGUAGAACUGGUAAUUUUUCAGUGGGAACAUAUAUAACUGGUUAACUUGUCCUAUGAUGCAACAAUGGCUGUCAAAAUAACAACAAAAUUAACCCCUAGACGUGACGUGACCAAUCGCCCAAGCGGCUAAUGAGCCGAUGAGUGGUGAAGAGGAUAAAACAAACAAAUAGAUUAAUUUUUUUUAUCUGCAAUCUCAAGGUAUGGAGGAAAAUAAAAUGGUGACUGUGACUCCUAACUGAAGAUUUCACUAAUUUAAUAUAAUACUAAUAUACUGUAUGUUGAUUCUAAUUGGCAUUUAUGUAUUGUAAUUACUUAAAAAUUUCUAUACUAUG